CAGUAGCCAAUCAGCUCUCUGGAAAGUCAGAGUUUAGAAGCGGCGACUGCUGGCACGUUAGCCAAUGAGAAUGUGAGCCGGGGACAAGUAAUGAUGGCGGGAGAUGCGGAGCUGAGGAAGGCGGUCUGCCUGUAUGAGCGAUUACAGAAGCUGUCAUGUCCGUCUCUGGAGGGAGUUUAUAUAACUGAGCCACAAAGCAUUCAUGAGCUGUUAUGCACCCCCUCUGUCCGACGCCUUGAUGUACUGGAGUGGAUAUGUACAAGCGUUUACCCUCCGCUUCAGGAUCAGUUCUCUUCUCUGAAGGAAUCCCAAGUAGAAAAUAAAGUUAAAGAAAUGGCAAAACUUGGCUUUGAGCUGAUGCUGUGUCGUUCUGAGGACGUGGAUCUCAUAAAGGGACAUGUCAGCCCGUGCAGACAGCUCUCGUUUAUGGGACAUUUACUGGAUGUUCUACCGAGCCCUACACACGUACCCGGCAAUUCAGCGAUGGAAUCUUCCUCUCACAGCGCUGUUUCUUGUGCCCGUGAGAAUGAGGAGUUUUUGAGAGAGCUGUUCUCUAGCGCCCACUUCCAGGCCACCCUCACGCCUGAAUGCAACCCCUGGCCGGCCGACCUGAAACCCAACUUGCUCACAGAGGAGCAGCAGAAACGGACAGUUCCAGCUGACAAGGAUAAUGUAAUUACUGACUAUUUAGAGGAAUUGCAGAAAAUCACUAUGGAUCUUCAAGACCUUAAAGAAGAGUGCACUUUCCUCUGUAGCGCAGUUCCCGGCGGGGAUACGGUUACACAGACAUUGAGAUUGGCGCUGACUGAUUUCCACCAGCUCAUCACGGCUUUCACUGAAGUGUAUGAGAACGAGUUUCAUGAACAUUGCGGUCACCUAGCGCCCCAAAUAAGCUCUUCAGGACCUCUCUUCCAAUCCAUCCACAGCUUGCUGGGUAUCUGCAUCAAGAAGCUGGAAGCUAUAGCACAGUUCACAGAAACCUCAAAUACCAUAGUGGAGGUGGUGAGAAAAAGACAGCAAUGUAAAGAGUCCUGGGGAGGCAGCAGCGCGGCCACACUGUAUGAGAAAAUCCAGGAGCUGAAGCAGAACUAUGAGGUGUUCCGGCGUCCUUGGCAGGAGUAGGGAAACGUGUCUAUCAUUGAGGCCUGGGUUGAUGAGCAGCCACCAGCUGGACUCCACAGGAGGAGAACAUUUGGAUAUAGUACUGACUUUUGGUUGACCUGAAAUGGUCUCUGCUGUUACUACUUCUUCUAAGCUAUCUGCAACAAAGGUAAGGAAGAGAAGAUUGUCUCUUUGUU